CUCUUCUCUAAUUGUACUCUCCCGACAAAGUAUCACCAGCAUGUCCAACACAGAAGAGAAUUAACCCGUAAAACCCGACAUGGCAUCCCUGAUUGCAGAGGUCCGUAAUCAAGCCUCUCAAAUAGCAUCUAUGAAGAAAACCAUCGAAGCCCAAGACAACCAACUCAAAGAACACGCCAAUGAUAUCACCCUCCUCCAGCCCUACCGCGAUCAAGCCAUAGCCGAUCUUGAGGCUCUCCUAAAUGACCCUCUCGCUAAUAUGGGUGAAAAAGACAAGAUCAAGAGACUGCAAGACCAUGACGGGAUCUGGAAUGAGAAUGAGGUCUUCUGGGGAAGAUAUGGGCUUUCGAUCGCGAGUGCGGACAGUAUCCUUAAGUCACCUGAGGUUAUCCGUUUAUUAAAUUUCUACGCGGAUCUGGAGUGUCGUCCUGCUUGGAGGAUGGAAAGGUCGGUUUGUGAAGAGACGAGUGAGAAACGGGUGGAUUUGGUUAAAUGGGAAGCUCUGGAGGACAAGAGCCCAUUUGAAAAGUGGGACUACCAAUUUUUGAAGACGAAGAUGGUGUGGUAA